AUGAAGUCAAACGCGACUAAAUUUCCAUCCCUAAGCGGCGCCGAGUGGGUGAAAAACAACAACAGUAUGCAGUCCCGAAGCGCUCUUGAUGGAGAGCCGCAAUUCGUAAAAGUGGCAGCCGAUCGAACGCAACCGGAAGUCGGUGGCGAUGGAGGGAAAAGCCCAUCGGAGAAGCUCAUCGUGCACCUGAUUGUCAGUUUCCGUGAUAUUUGUGUAUUUACGUUGAUCCUGCCCCUGGGGACACUGUUCGUGUGUUUCGUAUCAGCCUACGUCUUCCAGCCAGAGGAAAUCCACGAAACACACUGUCGGGUGUACAAUAUAAUCCCUUCAAUCAGUGCCAUCACCGGUGUCAGCCCACAACGCUAUCUGUGGCGUGUUUCGAUAGCACUUCACAUCGGGCCGCGGUUUAUCAUUGCCUUCGUCUAUAAAAACUACUAUCGCGUGCUGAUUAACGAGCUGAACGAUCCUUUGAGUAUAAAGAAAGCAAGCCGCUUGUUGAAUGUAGUUUACUGGUUAAAUCUAACGGAAAUCAGUGCCCUGUGCUGCGUCACCUAUAUUUCAAAUAAGGAAAAUUAUCCGCUGCACGAACGGUUCUUCAUCAUCUUCAUGACCUCGUCGCUGUGCUACAUGCUGGCCACGCUGAAGCUGCUGAAAGUGCUCCAACCGAACGGACCGCAAACCGUCCAGGAGGAAUCAUCGCUGCGCUACAAGAAGGCCUUCUUUGCCCUCUCGAUCGCCUCGACCAUCGGGUUGAUUUUGUUUUUCCUAAAGCACCGCUUCCUCUGCCACGAUUUGGCCUUCAGCUGGUUCGCCUUGUGCGAGUACAUCGUGGCAUCGGCCAACAUGGGCUUUCACUGUACCACGAUGUUGGACUUCCCGACGGAGGAUUUCUUGAUUGCCAAAAAUGCGAAUCGCUACCGAAAGCAGCAGGCUUCGAUCAGUUGGAAACUGGACUGA